GAUGGUUAUGACUGGUUCAUUGGUGUUUUGCUGAAAAGGAUAAACUAUCUCACAGUACGGUAAUAUUGUAAACUGUUGAUACUUGCUGGUACGUAAUAUUCUAUGGUUGGCAUUACUGCUUCUGUUAUCGUCGAAGGUUUGAGAUAGUACCAUAGUAUCAGCGAUGGGCUAAAAAAAACAUCGCCGCUUGACCGCCUAGAUUUAUUAUCUUGAAUCAUACCUGUGAGUUGUGACAGCAACAAGCAGUGAUCAGUGAUAUGCAAAGUGAAUUGAAUAAGAAUAAUGGAUACUUGGAGUCUCGAAUAAAUUGAGAUAAUUGUUGUCGUCAUUAAUUCUUUAGGUACUAAGAUUAUUAGUUGAAUACAAACUUAUAGUCUUAUCGUUAAUUUUACGAACAUGUCCCAAUUGGACGUGAACAAAAACAGACAGCAAAUAUUGGAUACUUGGAAAGAUGUGGUGGACGACAAGACUCCGACCAACUGGGCCGUCUAUGGCUAUGAGGGUCCAACUAACAUACUUAAGUUUGUUAGCCAAGGAGAAGGGGGAAUUGAAGAAAUGAAAGAAGACUUAAAUAGCUCUAAAAUUAUGUACGCAUUCUGUCGAGUGUUGGACCCAAAGACUAGCCUUUAUAAAUGUGUCUUAAUAAAUUGGCAAGGUGAAGGAGCUCCUAUUGUCAGAAAGGGAACUUGUGCUAAUCAUAUUCGUGAUGUAUCUAACAUUUUAAAGGGRGCACAUGUAACUAUAAAUGCACGUAAUGACGAUGAAGUGGAUACAGAUAUAAUAAUAUCUAAAGUUUCAAAAUCAUCAGGGUCAGUUUACUCAUUUAAAGAAAGACUGGAUCAAUCGCAGCCACAAGAGAAAAUUGGUACUUCUUACAAAAAAAUUCAACCUAAUUUAGAAAUAAAUUCAUCUGAAAGGGAUAAGUUCUGGGCAGCUGAAGAAGAAAAAGAGAAAUUAAGACAAGAAGAAGAACGAAAGAAAAAAGAACAAGAGCAGAAAAAAAUAGAGAAUGAAAGACUUUUGCGAGAAGAUACUGAUAGAAUAAGAAGAGAUUCAAUAAUAAAUCAAGAAAUUCAAAACACUGAACCAAAGCCUAUUGUUGUUGAAGCAGAAUCAGAAAAAACAGAAGAUGUUAAAAUCGAACAAGCAAAACCUGCAUUAGUUGCCGAAGAAAUUGUAAAUCAAAAUGAACAAAAUAUUGUUGAGGAUGAUUUAGGAAUUAAAGCUGAAGCAUUGUAUGACUAUCAAGCAGCUGAUGACACGGAAAUUUCAUUUGAUCCGGGGGAUAUAAUUUGUCAUAUUGAUAAAAUCGAUCAAGGCUGGUGGCARGGUUUGAGCCCUGAUGGUACAUUUGGUCUAUUUCCAGCCAAUUAUGUUCAACUUCUUCCUUAAGAUAGUACUAGAUACCAAAUUCCUAGUUCUCUCAUUUAUACCAUAAUAAUUACUAAUUAGUAUUUAUAUCUGCGAUUUUAUUAUUAACUAAAAUUAAUUCAUCAUAAUAGGUAAUUACUAAUUGGUUGUGA